UUGGCUGAGGGCGGCUGUGUCACUAGUGUGGAGGCAACAGCGUGACGGGGAGGGUGUCUGCCGCCGAGGAGUGUCACGUUGCUAACAGUGGGGUCAGGUGAUGGCGGAGGUCAUGUCAGGGUAGCCAUGUGUCACGGGACCGGUUGUAGGAGGCGGCUCAGGGUUCCGACACCGCCCUAGCUACCCCAGUGCCGCCACGACCACCAAGAUGUCCGGGCUGCCUGUGGUGGGGCGGUACGUGACUCGCAGCUGGAGUAGCGGGUCGGGGGCGGGGACUGAGCGGCGGCAGGCGUCCCCCAGCCCCCGCCAGCCCCGCUCCACCUGGAGACUGCCGGCCUUCUUCAGGAGACGGCUGGAGAUUGCACAGCGUGGCGGGGGGCGCGUGGGCAGCACUGGGCCGGGGGACAGCGAGGGGGGCGUGGCGGUGACGGAGGAGGCGUUCAAGGACACGAAGGACCCCCAGCACACUUUAAAGGACCCCAGGAAGGACCCCAUGCGAGAGUCCACCAGCACAGACCCCAUCAAGGACUUCGAAGCCACGCCCUCUCCCUACGAUGAGCCAGAGAUACAUGACGUCGGGGUGCGCGAGCCUCGGUACCUGGACUUGUUCGACCCUGGAGUGUCAGUAGUGAGGGACCCCAAGCUGGAUCUGCCGCCCGCCCAGCCCAAGAGUCGUGCCCGCUCCCUCCUUGCCGCCUGUCUCGCCUCGCUCGCCUCCACCAGAGUUGUUGUCUGUUGCAGCGUGGUGUUGGUGGUGCUGGUGGUGGUGAUCGUUGCUCUGGCCUCCACCUCGCGCCACGCCUUCCCUCAGGACCCUCGCAUCCAGCCCCCGUAUGUCACCACCGUUACCACCUGUGGGUUUGUCCAGGGGAUGGUGGACGGUGGAGCAUUCGUGUUCCGCGGUGUUCCGUACGCUGUGCCGCCUGUUGGAGAGCGUCGCUUCAGGCGGUCUCAGCCACACAGCAAGCUGGAGGACUGCUGGACCGGCACCUACCUGGCCAACGUGACGCGGCCAUGCUGGGGCUACGACAGUCAGGGCGGCGUGGUGCAGGGCUUCGAGGACUGCCUGCUGCUGGAUGUGUUCACGCCACAGCUGGGUUACGACACGCCCCUCCCGGUGGUGGUGGUGGUGGGUGGCGCCAGCCUUGGUGGUGAUGCGCAGCGGCCGUGGAUGGUGAGCAAGGCGGCCCAGCUGGUGCAGGACCGCCACGUGGUGGUGGUGUCGCCGCAGUUGCGCCGCGGACCCUUUGGUUUCUUCCCACACCCCGCAGUGGCAGCCGCCACCUACCCACACACCGCGGGGAACCAGGGCGCCUCGGACCUGCUGGCGGCGCUGACGUGGACGCGGCACAACGUGGAACACUUCGGUGGUGAUCCCACACAGGUGACUCUGCUGGGCCACAGAGCGGGGGCGGCGCUGGCCUGGCCACUGCUGUCAUCCCGCAGCGGCCGGGACCUGGUUCACUCCGCCUGGCUGAGCGGCGCGGCGCCGCACCACCCCACACUCUCCUGGCGGGACGCUGACCCAGCCCUCGUGGAGUCCCUCAACUGCACCUCCGUGGCGUGCCUGGAGGCCGUGCCCGCCCGCCAGGUGAUGGAGGCGCCGCCCCUCGAGUGGCGCCGCCCCGGACACCACGCCUGGCUGGUGGCGGAUGGCCUGGACGUGUCCUUCCUGCCCGCCAUGCCUCAAGUGCCUCUCGUCCUGGGGUCCACAGAGCAGGUGGCUGCCGAGCCCCUGCUGUCCUGGAGGGGCCGCUUGGGGACCUCUCGCUCUCUCCUGCUGGACGCAAUACUGGAAGGUCUCAGGUAUUUUUCCACAGCUCAGGAACAGCCGACCACAGUGCAGCCCAGCAAGGCGGCCGUGGUGACGGGGUACGGGAAGCGAGGGUGGCCGCCCCCACUGUCCAGAAACACGGAGGAGGAGGUGCAGGUGGCGCUGGUCAGCACAGCAGCGGCUGAGGCAGCCCUGGAGCGGUACUCUGAGGAGGUGACGGACCCGUGGCUGCUGCUGACCACGCUGGUAAGCGACGCCACCACCACCUGCCCCGCCCUCGCCGCCGCCGCCUCCAUGGCCCGCUCCCUGGCCCACCGCCGCCGCACACCCAUCACCGCUACGCCUGUGUACGCCUACCUGGCCCACCACGCCCGUGCCGCCCGCACUGGCACCCUGGCGGACGGCACCACUGACCUGGAGGCGCUGCUGGGGCUGCUGCCGCUGCACUCCGCCGCCGACAGAAGCUUUGCCCACUCGCUGCAGGAAUUGUUCUUCCGCUUCGUGGCCGAUGGUGUCCCAGAGCGACAUGACCCCACACCGGCCCAGCUGGGCGUGUACCUGGUAGGGAACGGCUUCACAGUGCAGCGGUCCAGGCCGCUGUGUGACCACUGGGCCAACGCCUCGCACCUUGCCGGCAGGUUCUAGCGGCAGCAGCAGCGGCAGUAGUGGCAGCGGGGGAUAUGGGGGCCGAGGGAGGCAAGGUGAGUGAGGCGCAGGGUGUGGAGGCUCAGGGAGGGGAAGGGAAGGGAAGGCAGUACAGUAAUGUUGACUUGUAGUUUGUAUUGAGCUGCAGGAAGGUUUGGGAGACAAAUUGGUCAAAUGUAUACUAUGUAUAAUUUUGUUUACCUGAGUCUGUAAGACUAACAUUCCAAUCACCUGAUAGUGUAAAGGUUUGUCUCUGUUGGAGAGAUUGUGUGGCACUGCGCUGUGACUGGUGCGGCGCAGCACAGCACAGCACAGCGCAGCGCCACAUGCCGCCGUGCCUUUGUGGAGCAGAACCUUUGUAUGUAAGUGUAAUGUUAUCUGGACUUGGAUGCCUUAGGAAGGACCAUUGCUGACCUGCCGUGGCCCGGCACUGUCUGUGCCCCGGACGGUUGUCGCCAUCCUGUGCAGGGAGACUCCAGGGAGACGCUCCAGGCAAGAUUCUCUCUCUGGUGGAGGUGGACGGUCUUGCCAAAGAGUACACAGUCACUGCCACACUGCCUCUGAUCUCACUGACAAGUAGCGUAGGACCAGAGUCUUUCAGGCCCUCGUGUCACCAGCCAAAGAUACGGAGUGGCAGGAGCUGCGGCCGCUGGGCUGCCCACGGCCACCCACACUCACCUCUCACCCUUGACCCACACACCACAACCCACCUUACUCAUGCAGGCAAAUAAACCUUGCCAAAAUAGACAAGAGUGAAUAACAGAGAUGAGACAUGAGUGGGAAAAGUGACGGGGAAACAGACUGAAGCAGUAGUAUUGUAUAUUUCCUUGCAUUUCAUCUCCAUGUCUUCCUGAGUGAGAGUGUGAAGAGUUGCUGAAAUACAAGGGAACAUGUAAUACUGUAACACUCCUCCUUCAGCCUGGGUUCCUCGUAAACUUUCCCACCCAUUACUUCAAUUUGUUAUGCUGUAAGGAUGAUGUGAAGGUUAGCCACACACUCCCUAGUUGGUGUGGUGUGGUGUGGUGUGGUGUAAGGUGAGGGGCAGGGCGGGUGUGGCGAGGCAGCCCAGCGUUGGUCGUGCCUCCCACUCACCCGACAAACUUUUGUUGAAUCGUGUUUUUAGAGUUUAACGUGAAAAUUACUAAGUGUUUGUAUUAUGAGUUAUGGUAUGAUUUUUGCUGGUCUUUUGAUUUAGUCUGUUUAAAUGAAGUUCUGAUAUGUAUGUAUGCAUUUGAAAGGACACACACACACACACACACACACACACACACACACACACACACACACACACACACACACACACACACACACACACACACACACACACACACACACGAAAUUAUAUUUAUUCCUGUGUUCCUAUAAUGACUCAGAAAAAUAUAUGCAGUGGAACCUUGGUUUACAAAUGUUCCUGUUUUGGAACAAAUUGUUUCACGGAAUGAUUCUUCCAACAACUUUCGCAUUGUAUCAUGGGUUGUGUUUGGGUGUGGGAACGUAGGCAGAGUCUAUAACGUAGGCGCACAUCCUUCAUCCAUCACCCAGCUGUCUGCUGUCAUGUGCAGGUGGUUGUUGUGCAGGGAAGAUGCUUGACCUUGAAAUCAGUGACAAGCUACAGCCUGGUGCCUGACACUUGCCAGUGUGUGAUGAUGAACACCUGCAAGUCAUGGCAGUGUGGUGGAGGCGCACACACUGCCUCACCAAGGGAACUAGUUGGCAUCCAGCCUAUGCAGCUUUCUCUUCCCUGAUUACUGUCAUUGCAUUUCAUUAGCUUUGCCACAGAAAAGUAUUUAAAGAAAUUAAAAAAAAUUACAAUAUUUCAGAUAUUGGAAUAGAUAAUUUUGUACUUACUUUAUUUUCAUUGCAGAAAAAGAUUGGUUGGGUAACCAAGUCAUGGAAGAGUUAGUGAACCAAGCUUCCACUACAUAGAGCAAAGUGUGUUACCUCAGCAUGUUACAUUUUUGGCGGGAAGGCCUAAGGAUGUUAUUAUUUCAACAUACUCAAUGCAAUACCAAGAAGCAGCAAAUCAUUUCAAACACAGGAGUAAUUGUUUUUCUCAUAACACAAACAGACUCAGCCAUACAUGUAGAGAAUUUGAUCUGUGAUACAUCUUGUUUUGUACAGAAAUAAAUACUUUUCAAUGA